AAUGAAGUAACAAACCAUCAUCAACUUGCCAAAUUAGGUUUAUCAGCUUCUGAAGAUCUGACAAAACCCUAAAUCAAUUUCUUAUCUAAUCCACCCAAACACGCCCCUCACGAUUCAGGAUUUCCAACAAUUGGCAUGAUUUCAACGACACAACUCAUAAUCACGAAACCCACAUUUUAAUUGACUGCAUUUAUUGCAAUCAAUUUCAGAAAGAGGGACCUCCAUUAAUUCUGUGUGCUGCCAUCAAUUCUUCCGUUCUUUCUGAAACUCCCCUGCAAAACAAAAUGUCUGCACUGCAUCAAAAUCCUCUCUGUCUUUCGCCACGUCGGCUUCAGCAUUUAUCUAUUACAACAAAUCAUCAAUUUACCCCGCAAUUUGAGGUGGUAAAGAAUCCAUUUUUUCACGCGCCUUUUGGUAUCAAGUGUUCUACUCUUUGCCCGCCGUCUGCUUUGCCCAAUUCGAGCAGCCAUGCAUCCCCUGUUUCUUCUUUCAGUCAGUUGAUAGAGUCUUUGAUAAGCGGAGUGGAUUUGUCCGAAGCUGAAGCUGAGGCGUCUCUUGAUUUCUUGUUAGAUGGUGCUGACGAGGCUUUGAUUAGUGCGUUUUUGGUUCUUUUGAGAGCUAAGGGAGAAACUUAUGAAGAAGUAGUUGGGCUAGCAAGAGCAAUGAUAAAGCACUCCCGAAAAGUUGAAGGGUUGACCGACGCAGUUGACAUUGUCGGCACUGGCGGUGAUGGUGCAAACACUGUGAACAUCUCCACCGGAGCUUCGAUUCUCGCUGCAGCUUGUGGAGCGAAAGUCGCUAAGCAAGGCAAUCGAUCUAGUUCAUCUGCUUGUGGAAGUGCCGAUGUACUCGAAGCAUUGGGAGUUGCAAUUAACUUAGAACCAGAGGGGGUAGCAAAGUGCGUGAACGAAGCGGGAAUCGGGUUUAUGAUGGCACCGAUUUAUCAUCCAGCUAUGCAAAUUGUUAGACCAGUCAGAAAGAAGCUUAAAGUAAAGACGGUAUUCAAUAUCUUAGGCCCUAUGUUGAAUCCAGCAAGAGUUCCUUUUGCAGUAGUCGGGGUUUAUACAGAAGAUCUGGUCCAUAAAAUGGCAAAAGCACUUCAAAGAUUCGGCAUGAAAAGAGCGUUGAUAGUUCAUUCGGAAGGACUGGAUGAAAUGAGUCCUCUCGGGCCGGGACUAGUUCUUGAUGUCACUCCAGAUAAGAUAGAAAAAUUCUCGUUCGAUCCGCUGGAAUUUGGAAUCCCUCGUUGCACUAUUGAUGAUUUACGAGGUGGAGAUCCGAAGUACAAUGCGGAUGUACUUAGACGCGUUCUAUCAGGAGAAAAGGGAUCUAUUGCCGAUGCCUUGGUGCUAAAUGCGGCAGCUGCUCUUUUGGUUAGUGGAAAUGUAAACAGUCUUGCAGAAGGAGUCGAACUUGCUCGCGUGGCGCAUCGAUCUGGGAAAGCGAUCAAGACUCUUGAUUUGUGGAUUCAGACAUCUAAUAAGGUGAAGGAAGAAGCAUUUAAGGGUAUGCCUAUCCUCUCAUAAAUGCCAAGAGAGAAAUGGUGUUUGCAUGUUGAAUAAGACAAUGAUUUGGGCCAAGGAAUAAAGAAUAAAGUUUUUGUAGGUGCAAGUAUUUAAAUGCAGAUGUACCCACGAGUUUUUUGUUUGAUCAUUUUUUGCCAAACUGUAAAUUAAAAUUUUGUAAGGGUAAAUUACAAUCGCUCCCCUUAGAUAAGGUCUAUUUAUGAAAAGUCCCUCAGCUUCCGAUAAUUACAUUCACCCCCUGCAAUUUGUACAUUUCUUACAUUCACACCCUUUUGUAGGGGUUUGGAUGUAAGAAAUUUACAAUAUGCUAGGGGUUGGAUGUAAUUUCUCAAAAUAAAGAUUUUUUUUUCUUCUUGUAAUUCCACUUUACAUAGGAAGGUUUUAGUUAAGUGGUC